AUGAAAAGUCAAACAAAAGCGAAAACAUCUAAAAAGUAAAUAAUUAAAAGAUUUAUAGUGCUCCUCAGAUAAUUUUAGAUUUAAUAGAGUAAGCUAAGUAAACGAGAUUAUAUUUGUUAAAGAGAAUAGGACCAACUAGUUUAAAGUAUUGUGAUGAAGAUGGAAAUAAAUUUAAAGUAGAACUGUCAACAAAUAUGAUUUGUUCGUGUAAUUAAAAUAACUCACAUUGCAUCCACACAAUUCAUGCAUUACUAAAAGUGUUUUAAGUAGAUGAAAAAUGUCCAAUUCUUUGGUAACAAUAAUAUUCUCAAUAUGAUAUUACAAAUAUUUUAAAUGGACAAUAUAAAACAUAAUCAUAAUAAACUAAAACAAGACAAUAAAUAAGUGUAAUAAGAUAAUAAUAGUAGUAAUAAGUAUAGUAAAAUAAUAAUACAUCUGAAGAUUAAUAAUAAAAUCGAUAAUAAAUAACAGAGGAUGAUAUGUGUCCAAUUUGUUAAGAGAGUUUAGUUUGUAAUGAAGCAUUAGUACAUUGUAAAAAAUAAUGCGGAAAUAAUUUUCAUGCUAAGUGUAUGAAAGUGUGGGUGAUGUAGAAAUAAACUGCUGGUAAAAAGAUUAAUUGUCCAAUGUGUAGAGUUGAUUGGGGUGAUACUGCAUUAGUUGAAAUAAGAUAAGAGGAGAAAAUAUUUGAAAAUCUACAUAAAACUCACAAUAAAAUAUGUAGUUAUUGUAAAAUUACACCUAUAAUUGGUACAAUAUAUACAUGUAUAUCAUGUUCAAAUUAUCAUUUAUGUGAUAAAUGUCAUAAUAAAAAGACUCAUUAAUAACAUAUCUUUAUGUUUAAGCAUUCAAGAUUAGAAAAAUAUUAAUUUGAGGUAAAUGUUACAAUAGAUUCAUUAAUGUAUUUAUUUCCUGAAAAUUUAAAUGCUGGUAAUCAUGAAACAGGAGGUUUGAUGUUAGUUGGUACUGGAUUCUAGAAAUAAAGUAAAUGUUCCUUUUGUUAUAAGUAAAAAUAACNUUACUUCUAAAGAAUAUCCACUGUCAACUCAAAAAUAUCAUCUAUUAAAUUCAUAUUAAAUUUUUUUAAAAAUAUCAUCCUUUGA